AUGUUUGUAGAUGGGGGACAUGACCCUUUUGCGAAAAUAGUAGAAAGCACAUAUCCUGACAUAGCGGAUCACAUUUGGGAACCAAGUUAUUUUCAAGAAAGAGCUAUUCUUGCUCCAACCAAUGAAAUUGCUCAGACGGUUAACGAUCACGUGUUAUCUCAAUUGCCAGGUGAAGAAAGAACUUACUUGAGUUCAGAUGCAAUUUCAGUAGAGGAAGGAAAUUUUGGAAUUCAUGAGAUGUAUUCAACAGAGUUCCUAAAUACAAUUAAAUGCGGAGGAUUACCAAACCAUAGUAUACGACUGAAGGUUGGAGCACCAGUGAUGCUCUUAAGGAAUAUUGAUCAAAGUUCUGGGCUAUGUAAUGGCACAAGAUUGGUCGUUAAGCACUUAGGCGAUCGCAUUAUAGAGGCUAUUGUGGUAUCUGGUAGUAAUUUGGGCAAUAAGGUCUUCAUUCCAUGA